CCGCCCCUCUCGCCCGCCUGCACCCGCCAGCGCCCGCCGGCACCCGCAGCCGCGCCACUCGUUCCUUGCUCGUCGACUUCUCUAGUUCUCUACACGUUCUCUGGCACACCCUCGUCUAUCAUCUAUCCGCACCGCGCAAUUAACGUCCGAAAUGGAGAACAAGCACUGGUGGUGGAUGGUGGCGGGUCUGAUCCUGCUGUCUGUGGCGGUGGCCUCCGCCGAGGGCGAGGUGUGGGAGGAGAGCGAGCAUGAAGUCCUCAUCCGCAGCGAAAGGGGCGCUAAAAAUAGAGCGGAGACGUGUCGCUAUUCUAGAGGAGCAUGGUCCGAGUGCGACCCCAAAACUAACUUACGAACAAGAACACUGACACUCAAGAAAGGCGACCCGACCAGCUGCGAGCGUACUAAGACCAUCCAGAAGAAGUGCAAGAAAGCAUGCCGUUAUGAGAAGUCUUCCUGGAGCGAGUGCAGCCCUAACGGCGAGAUGUCCAGGACCGAUGUACUUAAGGCCAAUAGCGACCCCACUUGUGAGCAGAGUAGGCGCAUGACAAAAAAAUGCAACAAGAAUAAACAAGUCAAAUCUACCAAAGAUAAGGGUCGCCGAAAUCGUCAGUAAGGCUGCAAAACAUCUACUUAUGUUUAGAUUAACAAAUAACCCUAAUAUUGUAACUUAAUUGACGGUUUCGUUAAUAUUAAUUUAUAUGUAAUAGUGCCAAAAUAGAGUCCAAACUUAAAUACUUUUCUAAAGUUUCGUAAAUUAAUUUUAGUUUUAAAUUAGCAGCAAUUGUAACAGUACAAUUUAUCUACAAUUAAUAAUAAAAUGUAUGAAUAUUAAAACUAAGUAGUAACGAUUCAUUUUAUUGUCACUAAGUAAGUAAAUCUUUGAUAUUAAAAUAAAUAUAAAUUG